UCGACAACUGAAUAUGAAAAUAAACGACUAAAGAUACCGAGAAACUCUUCAGAUGAAUUUUUCGAAAGAAAAAAAUGUUCCCCAUAUGUGUGACGAUUUGUCCGUCUGCCUGUCUGUUCUUCGUCUCACUCGAGAACGAAAAGUAACAGCGAUGUCAAACUUUCGCCACCUGCUUUCUACAAGUUCAAAGAUCAGUGCUAUGACGGGGAUUAAAAGUCGAAAACGAGUUGAGCGGCAAAAAAUUCCUCUACUGAAAAUGAAACACAAAGGAGGCUACGCAUUUGAGUAUGAGCGCGAACGAGACAAGCGGCUGUGCGAUGUGCCUCCUUCUGGGAUCUAUCCACAUGUGAGCACCGAGGUACACGUGUGCGCAGCGAGCCACUUUAGUUCUUCAGUGUACGGAGGCAUGAUGAACAACGACAUCGUAAUUGCGAGUGCAAACUUUUAUUGUGUUUAAUAAACUGAAGGUGUGAACCAAAAGGAGAAAAGACGACAAAAAUGCUAAGACAGCGUUGGUCCUCACAACUAUAUUUGAUUAGAAAUGAACCUGGAAGUGAAAAUGGUAUUUGCAUGCUGGACGAUUUGGAAUCAUCUUGUGUCUCAAUGUUUACGAAAUAUCGUUAAUAAAAUGGCAGUAAAAACAC